GACGACCACUUUACGGAGCCUUACUUUGCCAAGAAUUGAGUGCCAUCAAUACCACGAUUUUUCACGGCGCCGAGAGAACGGGAACCUACAGAUUAAAGGCUAGGAUAACAAAGACCUUCAGACCUUCCUCAUGGAGGGCUGCUGCUAGGAAGGUAUCAAGAUGAAGAUCAGGCGUCACAAGAAAGCCCAAAGAAUCUUAGGGUUUUAUCGAAAUAACUUUAACAUUCGCCCACCAUAUACUGUUUUGUUAGAUGGGACUUUCUGUUAUGCAGCUUUAGAGGGAAAGGUGCAAAUCGCAGAAGACAUUCCAAAAUACCUAGAGUCACCAGAAACUAAACUACUCACAACCCAGUGCAUAAUUUUAGAAGUCGAAAAGCUAAAGAUAUUAAAAAAAAAUUUGCAUGGGCCAUAUAUGAUAGUAAAGCAGUUUCCCGUUCAAGUUUGUGGCCAUGAAGGAAGGCCUGUGCCAGCUUCUUCAUGCAUCAAAUCUCUACUCAAGAAGGAAAACCCAAUGAAAUUUAUUAUUGCCUCUCAAGACAACGAAUUAAAGAAUCACAUCCAUGAAUGCGUAACAGGUACUCCUGUGCUUUACCUGCAUGGUAGUGCUCCCACACUUGAGAAACCAACAGAGAAGUCUCAAGCAGAGGCUAUGAACACACACAGUACUAUUACAACAUAUGAGCAGAAAACCCUUCAUUCUCUCAAGAGAAAGUUGAUAGGUGAAGAGCAGGUCGAACCAGAGAGGAAGAAGAAAAAGAAAAAGAAUCCAAACCCCCUUUCAUGUAAGAAGAGUAAAAAAGUGAAGAAACCUCAGCAACAGCAACAGACAGAAGGAAAGAGCAAGAGAAAGAGGAAGAAACACAAGAAGCCAGGGUCCAUUCACCACCAUGUUCAGCAAAAUGCAUUGUGAAGUUGACCAUCUUUCUAAAGACCGAUCUGUGAUCUUAACAGCUAGGUGUGUGGUAGGUAGUUUUGAAAGAUAUUUUUUGUUGUAACUCAGGUGUAUGAUUAGUAAAGUACAUUGACAAGAGAAACACAGCUUUAUUUAAAAAGCAUUAUUAAAAAAAAAAAAUUACUUUUGCCCUACAAAGAACAGAAUGGAUUUAAAUAUAUAUUUGAAUUGUUUGUUGAUAACAUGACAAUGAUAGACUAAAGGAAUAUUUUGCAGUCCUGCAGUUAUAGACAUGGAGUACAUGUAUAGUAG